GCUGGGAAGCAGAGAUAAACUCACGGCAUGAGGAGGCCCCAGUGCUCAUGGUAGGUGGUUUGAGUACAGACAGGAAAUCAUGGGAAUGUCAGGAAGCCAAUGAACAUUCCGUCUGGCAUCACUAUGGUGACAGGGAAGAGAUUGAAUUAACAGUGGCUAGAGAAGUGAUUAAAUUAGCAUUUGGUCUUGUGGGAAGUUUCCGUCCUGUCUGGCCACAUCCCUUAUUUAAUAUUCGAGCUGCGUUUCAUUACCCGGCGUAUGUGUACCCUGCAUUGCAUCACAUUAUUUUGCCAUCGUUUUACUGAAAAAAGACCCUGCCAGUGGAUUGCUUGCAGUGAGGAAAGAGAGACUCUGCCGGAAAGGAAUUGCAGGAAGUUUCUGCCGAGAAGCCGCGCAGGCUUGGAGAGUCCAUUGCGGCUUCGGGCGAGCGGUCUGCGAGAGCGCAGGCUGAACUCCGGCCGCCGAAACGCGUCCGAAGGGGACGCGUCUACAGAAUGAUUCGCUAUUGACACUGACAUUAUACAACCAAGAAAUGAAGCCCACGGUCAAGAGGUGUCCUGUGUAAAUCCUGGAAAGCCAUCUGAUUUGGGAGCUGGUCUUUUCUUGAGAGUGUGAUGGAGAGCGACGGUCCCGGUCCGGCAGAUCCGAGCUCACUGCCUCUUCAGCCUGACCUCCCCACGCUAAAGCCUUGCACUGCAACAGAGAGCCCGACCAGGGUGGCUGUGAACGGCUGUAAUCCGUCCCGCCAAUGUCAGCCCGCAGGGGGGCAUUCCCCCACGUGUGGCCCCCGAAAGUCCCCGGAACUGCCUACCACCAAACUGUGCGGGUACCUGGACAAGCAAGGCGGGCCCCUGAAGAGCUGGAAGAGCCGCUGGUUCUGUUACGACGAGAAGCAGUGCCAGCUGCUGUACUAUACGACCGCACAGGAUGUCACCCCGCUGGGCAAGAUCGAGCUGGCUAACGCAGUGUUCGGUUACCCCGCCCAUGCUGAGGAGGCUGCUUUCCACAUCCAGACCCCGGAACGCACCGUUGUCCUCAAGGCCUUCAAUAGGGACGCCAUGAUUUACUGGUUGCAGCAGCUGCAGCUGAGGCGAUGGCAUCACGGGCAUGCGUCUGCGCAGGCCGGCGGGGACGCCAACGUGGGAGGUGGGCAGGAGUACUGGAACGGUGACGAUGACUUCUUGCCCAUCGUGAAGACCCCUCCCGGAUUGGUGGGACAGAAAGCUGCCUGUUUUCCGGCACCACGGCAACAGUCGAACUUGAGCAUCAUUUCCUUCAAGCACCCGCUGACCCAGAUUCAGAAUUCCGUGCACUGCAUUCUGCAGAAACGCCAUUCCCAGGAAAUGAACAAGAGCAUCUUUUACAGUCCCUCCGAUUUCACGUCUCCUGUGCAGGAGAAUCAGGACCUAUCUGGCCAAGACGAGCAUCCAGCAGAAUCUCCUUCCCACUCCUCCCCGUCCUCCUCCCCGGCCCCUUCCCCACCCAGCAGAAAGAAAAGCAUCUCCGAUGCUCUGCCUGAAGAUAAGGAGGCCCACAGCCAGGAGGUCGACUCCGAUAAGGAGGAACAUCCAAAGAAGCCACCAGAAGAUGGUCAGUGCACGGCAGUCUCAGCACCGAGCGGCAAACAGGAGCAGCCCGAUAUGCCGUAUCCCCUGAAGUGUGACGGACCAGAGAUGGGCAGCCAGCUGCUGGACAUGCGUGACGAGCUGGCCGUCCUCCAGCUGCGGCUAGCCCAGCGCGACGCCCACGUGGCCGAGCUGCAGGAGCACCUGCAGCUGAUGGUGGAGAAGAACCAGGCCAAGCAGGAGGUGGUGCUCAAGCUGUCCGAGCAGGUGGCCGAGUGCAUGGUGGAUCCCCAGCGCACCAUCACCAACAGCUUUGGUGCCCAGGGCUUCCUUCAGCUCCAGGCGGAGAUGGAGCAUCUCCGGGAUGAUAAAGAGGCUUAUAAAAUGCAGAACAAGUUCCUGAACUCUGAGAUUCACCAGCUGACCAAAUUGUGGCGGAACAGCUCGGAGCAACAGAAGAUCCUGAUGAAGAGGUGUGCCUAUCUAGAGGGAAAGAGCUGUCAGACGGAGAGCCGCUACCUGAGUUUGCUACACAAGCUACAGGAGAACAAGGAAUUUGGUGCCGCGGAGAUGGAAGCGGUGAACCGGCUGAUCAAGGAGGCAGAGAGGGACAUGAAGGACACCCCCAAAUUCCCCCCUGUCCGCAAGUAUGAUGAAUACGGCUUCAAGCUCACCCCAGAUCUUGACACAGAAGACAUGAAUCUCAUGAUCAAGAUCCAUUCCCCGGACAUUUGCUCGCUCAACCCUCUUCAGCAGGAGGUCAUGGAUAAGCACCGGCUGAGCCGAUGGGCUCAGUUCCUGGGUGGACGUCCUGCCGGAGAACUUGGGGCCUCCUUGGAACUCAAGAUCCUUCUGAGAGGAGGCAUUCCUAGCAGGUACCGGGCGGACGUGUGGCGCUGGAUUGUGUGGACCCGCACGCGCCAGAUCCGGGAGCGGCACCCCCAGAGGUACAAGGAGCUGUGUAGGAAGAGCCAGACGUUGCAGCACCCAGCCUCCCGGCAGAUCCAGCUGGACCUGCCCCGCACGCUCACCAGCAACCAGCACUUCUCCUCGGCCUCCAGCUCCAGCGUGCAGCAGCUUCACCGCAUUCUGCUCGCUUUCUCCUGGCAUAACCCCAGCAUUGGCUACUGCCAGGGACUCAACAGACUGGCAGCCAUCGCUCUUCUGGUGCUAAAGGAUGAGGAGAACGCCUUCUGGUGCCUGGUGGCCAUGGUGGAGAACAUCAUGCCGCAGGAUUACUACAGCAAAACCCUGAUUGCCUCCCAGGCAGACCAGCGGGUUCUGAAGGAUAUCAUGAUGGAGAAAUUGCCCCGGCUUAUGGCCCACCUGGAAGAGCACAGUGUGGACUUGACAUGUAUCACCUUCAACUGGUUCCUGGUGGUGUUCGUGGAGAGCUUAACCAGCAAGAUAUUGUUGCGCAUCUGGGAUGCCGUUCUGUACGAGAGUAUCAAGGUGAUAUUUCGCUACGCCCUGGCCAUCUUCAGGUAUAAAGAGGAGGAGAUCCUAAGGAUCCGUAACUCUGCAGAAAUCUAUCAGUAUCUCCAGUUCUUCACCAAAACCAUCUCCGAUGGCAGGAAGCUGAACAACAUCGCGUUCGUGGAAAUGAACCCAUUUCCCAUGAAACUGCUGCGGAAUCGGCGCGCCCAUCAUCUGGAGCGGCUGAAGGCCGAGCUCAAGGAGCUGGAGCGCAUUCAGAACGAGUUCCUCACCGAGAGCAUGGAGCACAAGGACAGGGACCUGGACCCUGCUGUCGGCGAGGGCGAGGACGAGGACGACCUGUAGGGGUAUGUGACCCAGCCUGGGAAGGACAGAGGACCCAGAUCUCAGGGAUGACAACCAGGAGGGCAUCGGUCCCACAUGUCCGUCCAAGUGGGCUGGCUGCACCCUCCCCGUGCACUGACCCCAGUGAGACUGGCUGCCCUCUGGGGGCGGAUUUAGAGACACUAUUCAGCUAAACAUUACUACAGACUCUUCUAAACAUGGAAGGAGGAUGGAAUUUUUUUUUUGGGGUUAUGUUAUACUGCAUCUCGUAUUACUCUAUUGCACACUUUGUAUUGGUCAAACUGCAAGCUGUUUACAAAAAAAUAAAAGUUUUGAAAGUUAA